UAAUUUAUAAUGAUAAUUUACAAUAAAUUAUAUUCAAUAGAAUAUAAUUUAUUGUCAGUUAGACUAGUGAGAAAGUAAAUUAAAAAAAAUAUAUAAGCUUUUUCUUAGCAAAAAUGAGAGGAAAUGGUGCAAGUUCAUAAUACGAAGCUUUGGGGGAGUUUAAUACAGAUGGAGGCUAAUGAUGUAUAUUAUAUGAUAGUCUGGAGUCAAGGAUUAGCAAACAAGAAACCGAACGGCGCGAUUCUCUUCUCCAGCGCUCACGUUUCAUGCUUACUUCUAACUAUAAGAUCAAGCUUAUGGAGUAUCCUAUCCACAGUGGAUGCUGAAUUUUUUUUUUUUUUGGGAUGCUGAAGCUAAUAUUAAUUUUGUUUGUGUUAAUCAAUUCAAUAUAUGAGAAUAUGCAAAACCAUUCAGAUAAAACUAUGGGAUGGUAAGUUCUAGUCUUGAUUUUAACAGAAAGCUUCAAACCACAUUAAUGAUAUUAAUGUAAGGUGGUUCUUAGGUUGAGUUUCAUGUUCGACUAUCACAAUUCAUAAUCUAUAGAUAGAAUUUUUGAAUGAUCUUGAUACUUACUUAUGUUUAAUAUUUUAAACAAACUCCAACAAAAAUUAAAAGGUCAAGGUUUCAAAUUUACUUUCAAAACGGAGCCGCAUUUUAAUUAUCUUAUACUCCCUCCAUAUUCUUUUACAUAACGUUCUAUAAUUUUCACACAAAUUAAGGCACUUGCUAAAAAGUCAUUUCUAUCCUUCAUCAUUAAUUGACCAUCAUCUCUCGUAACACAUUAUUCCACAUUGAAACUCGAGUUUGUUGACUAAAAAUAAUAACAUGAGGGUAAAUAAAGUCAUAUAUAUCAUAUUGUGCAUAGUUUUAUGAAAACGUCAAAUAUAAUGAGACAAGAAAAAUAGUCUAAAACGCCAUGUAAAAAGAAUACAGAGGGAGUAUUUGGUUUACAUUAUGUAUAUAAAAUUUUCGGAUUAAAUUUAUUACUUUUUUCUAUUAAAUUUAGUUUCGAGGUUGUUAAAUUCUGUACCUCUUGUCCAGUCAAAUUUCAAGUCUCUACUAACUCAACAGUAAUUUACUACGAUCAUGUAGCUAUGUUAUUGUGAUGAAUGAUGGAUUGCAAAAUUAGACCAUAGGAGCAAUAAAAGGGGGUUGUUAUAGGCUCACUAUUAGAGAAGUGACGGUGAGUCAAGUGUGAAUGAAUGCUUCGUGUGACAGUGGUCAUAGAGUAUGUGCAUCAUGCCAUGUGUCUAGCUCUUAUGACGUGGGUUGUUUUGUUUACUGAUAUGAAAAGCAAGCCACGUACAAUCGGUUUCCCUUCGAUUCUGUUUGGUCUCUUUGACUGCAAUUUCUCAAAGCCAAAAUUCCUCAUUCGCCGCGCAUGCAAGCGCGUGCUGUUCAGUUUACAGUUUUUUUUUUUUGAAAAUUUUACAGUGUUUACUUUUAAGUUUUAAGAGAUCUUUUUUUCUAAAAUAUCUUGGUUAUGAAUGGAUUAUGUUGAACAUGAUUGUUGGUUUCCUGGAGAUUAAUUUGGCUAGUAAGUAUGUAUAUGUGCACAUAUGUAAUCGUUUUUGAGCUAGUCCUCGCGUCCCUCCCGCGUACAAUUACAAUAAAAAAUUAGGUAUCCACAUGUUUGUUUUACUUCAUAUUUAAUUUAUUUGGGAUCCAAAACCCUCAUAUGUAGAAUCGCUUACGGCUUUGCAGAUUUGUUGGUUACAUCAUCGGCUAUUCGUUUGAAAAUUAGUCUUCUAUAUAAUUUUUAUAAACUAUCAAACGUUUAAAAUUUCUUUAUAUAAAAAUAAAUAGAAAUACCGAAAAGAGGAUCGAGAGUGAAUUAAUACUGUCGGGUAAACAGAAACAGGAAAAAAGAAGAGACAAUAAAGAAGGUCAAGAGGUUGGGUUUUCAAAUCUCUGUGCACGUACGUAUACUAUGAUGUGAUUGUGAUAGUGGAGAAUGGAAAAGAGGGAAAUAAUUACUAAAAUGUCUUGUCUAACUUACAAAAGCUAUACUUACUGAUAAUGACAUAUGGUUUUGUGUUUGUGUUUGUUUCAGUGUCAUACGUUUUCUCGUAGUCCGGUUUAUCUAAAUCAACGCUCAUGAUGAUACGCUCUUAGAACAUGAUUGAAGGAGGGUUCUUAGAAUGAGGUUUUUAGCGAAACAUAAGAACUCGUCUCUUAAUUUUCAACUAAAAAAACUAAGAAACGGCUUUUAAAUAAGAGAUUUAAGAACCGGUUCUUAACUUUUUUAAUUAAAAGUUAAGAAAUAAAUUCUUAAAUAUCGGUAAGAACCCCACUCCAAGAACUUUCCAGUAAUCAUGUUCUUAUCAAUAUAGGAUUAUGGUCAGAAUUAGACAUUUCAAGAUAUUUCUUUCCUACAAUUCAUUGUGGGAAUAUAUAUACAUGUAUACACUCAAAUCCGUAAAUAAAGGAAGAAAUGGAGAGAAGUAGAGGUGUGACAGGGGAUGUGAAAGCGUGAAAAGAAAUGUGCAUGGGGAGGGGCCGCUAGGGCUUAAGUUUAUGUAAUUUUAAAAUGCAAAUUAGGGCUUUAAAGCUAUGCACAUUUGAGCUAUAUGAGUCCAAUCGAUCACACGUGGUAUGUGCAUUCUGAUGUUGAUUUUCAUCAUUGCGUAUAUAUAUCAUUCAAGUAAACGUGUGGUUUGUCUUAGACCGCGUUUGUUUGGUUUAACUUUUAAUGACACUAAAUAUCUUGAACAUAUUACAAGAAGAUCAUUAAUAACAUUGAAUUUUGGAAUCCAUAUUAAUUGGUCAUACGAAGAUAUAUUAGAAUUAUAUACAUGAGUGGUAUUCACGUUAAGACGCAGAAAAAUGAAUAAAUAAGCGGCUGAUCAUUCAAUAGUGUUCACAAACUUACAUUGUCAGUCCGAAUAAAAUUUUAAUUUUAUCUUAUAUAAAAUGACGAUAUUAGUUCAUCGACUUAGAUAUGUAAGUAAACAACCCAUCUCUUUCUUUCCUCUCUGUCUCUCUUUCUACUCGAAGAUGAUGACAACGAAUUUGAACGGCGGAGGAAGAGGUGGAGGAGGAGAAGGACCGUGCGGGGCGUGCAAGUUCUUGAGGAGGAAGUGUGUUCGAGGAUGCGUUUUCGCUCCUUAUUUCGAUGCAGAGCAAGGGACUGCUAGUUUUGCAGCGAUUCACAAAGUGUUUGGAGCAAGCAAUACCUCGAAGAUGUUACUGAGAUUGCCUUUGCACAAGCGGCUCGAUGCAGUGGCCACGCUCGGUUACGAGGCUUUGGCUAGGGUGAUGAAUCUACAAGCUGAGAUUGCUCAUGUUCAAGCUCGUCUUUCAAUGUUUCAGCGUUUAUCUCUAGUCCCACCACAACAAAUGCAGCAGCCACCUUUCGAUCUAGCGUAUAACAAUGAAUAUCCGAUGGAACCAACUAACUUGGAUGUUGUGUGGGAAGAAGAACAAUUACCUCAAACAGUUCGUCUUUAAGUAUUUACCGACAGUCAAACUUCCGGCUUGCAGUUUAGGUUAGGUCCACAAGCCAUGCUUAUGUAUUAUAGCAAUGGAGGUGUCUGGAAUAUAAGUUGACGAGACUAUUUAUUCUUCAUAUUUCCACUUAAGAUCAUUACUUUCUUAAUAGGCCCAUCCUAAACGGUAGCUAAUUACUAGUAAGGCCGUUACCACUAGGUUUCGGUGUCAAUAAAGAAAAUAGUUAAACAAGAUUACUUAAGCUUUAACAUUUUUCUCUGUUUAAACCAAUGCAUAC